AAGUUAUUAUUUUGAUGGUAAUAACCAAAAACAAUUAACAAACCCCUUUUCUCCUUGUUUAGUUUGUGAGUGACCGACGAUCCAACUUCUCUCCUGAGUCCUGAUCUGGAUUGCCAUCAUGGAUGUCCCUAGCUCCUGGGACGCCCUCAGAAAACAGGCUCGGAAACUUGAAGCGCAGCUGGAUGAGCAGAUGAAUUCAUACCGCAAACUGGUUGCUACAAAAGUUGAAACAACAGAUAACAAUCUUGAGUCUGGAAUAGAACAACUAUUAAAGCAACUUGAUCUUGUUAACAAUCAGAUGCGAGCAUGGGUGUCAUCUGGAGGCUCCGAGAUGGUUUCUCACACCUUAACCAGACACCAAGAGAUCCUUCAAGAUUUAACUCAGGAGUUUUAUCGGCUUCGGUCCAGCCUUAGAGCUAAGCAAGAACACGCUUCACUGCUACAAGACUUCAGGGAAUUUGAUCGUAGCAGGCUAGACUUAGAAGAAGGAGGAAAUUCAGUGGAGCAAUCUCUGCUAAAGGAGCAUGCAACUAUCAGCAGGAACACAGGGCAGAUGGAUUCUGUUAUUUCUCAAGCACAAUCUACCCUUGGCACACUAGUACUCCAGCGUUCAACUUUUGGGGGCAUCAAUUCAAAGAUCAGUAAUGUUAGCAGCCGUCUUCCAACGGUGAAUCAAAUUCUUGCCUCUAUAAAGAGGAAAAGGUCGAUGGACACUAUUAUACUGUCACUAGUCGCAUCUGUAUGCACAUUCCUCAUAUUCAUAUACUGGCUGACCAAGUAGGGCAACAUGAUUGAAUAUUCUUUGUGGAGACUCGGGGGAUUUCUUCCUGCUUUGUCAUCUGGAGCUACUGUUCACAAUUUCUUGCUUUAUCCCAUGGAAGAUCCUCUUUAUCUUCCACUUAGCUAGCAUCUGCGAAUUGUGGGGACAGGAAAAGCAAAAAUGCAUGCCAUGAGGACCAAGAAUGAAGUUAAUGAGAUUGAUAACAGCAUAUGUUGGGGUCAUUUGUUGUUUCCUUUCAUGUAAAGUCAGUAUAGUAAGUUGUGUGAACUUGUGUUGGUAUAGAAUUGUACCUUUUCUUAAUACUGUAUAAUUUGUGUAUGCUAUGGGUAACCAACUGCAUACAUAAUUAAGGAACCUUGCAAGUCAAAAGGUCGUUCUAUUCUUCCUUACGUUGAAAGGUCAAUAGCUAUAUACUUGUGCAUGUGUAAUUUUUGACGAGAUAUGCUUAGGCAGUUAAUUACAAUGAGAUUAAAAACUCGUGUACGUUUAUUUUAACAGCAGCUGAUUUGGUGUAAUAUGCUUGUAAGAUAGAAUUUUCCUGAA